AAUUCAGAUCGCUCUUCCGCCGGGCGGGAUUUCCGCAAUAAUAUCAAGUAUGGCGAAGACAUACGACUAUUUGUUUAAAUUACUGUUAAUCGGCGACUCUGGUGUCGGGAAGACCUGUGUCCUCUUCCGGUUUUCAGAAGAUGCCUUCAACUCAACGUUUAUCUCAACUAUAGGCAUUGAUUUCAAGAUUAGGACAAUAGAGCUUGACGGCAAGAAAAUAAAGUUGCAGAUAUGGGAUACGGCCGGUCAGGAGCGCUUCCGAACAAUCACAACAGCCUACUACAGAGGAGCAAUGGGCAUAAUGCUUGUCUAUGACAUCACCAAUGAGAAGUCUUUUGAAAAUAUCAAGAACUGGAUUAGGAACAUAGAGGAGCAUGCAUCAUCAGAUGUUGAGAAGAUGGUCCUUGGCAACAAGUGUGACAUCAACGACAAGCGGCAGGUGUCCAAAGACAGGGGCGAGAAGCUCGCAUUAGAGUAUGGAAUAAAGUUCAUGGAGACCAGUGCAAAAGCCAAUAUCAAUGUGGAGAAUGCAUUUCUAACACUCGCCAGAGACAUCAAAUCAAAAAUGGACAUCAAAUUGGAGGGUAACACGCCACAGGGGAGCAGUCAUGGAGUCAAGAUCUCCGAACCGCAGAAAAAGACCAGCUUCUUCCGCUGUAGCCUUCUCUGAGGACCGAGGUCUUCGAUAAUGGCUGCCAACUGGCUGAACAUAAAUGGACUGUGCUUGCUCUUAGCACUUCCUUCCCCUUCCUUCUUCCUUCUUUCUUCCCAUCCAUGGCCUGUCCUCCCAGUCCACACAAGCCAUUAUAUUCCCAGUAAGCGAAGAACUUCCCCUCCCCUCUUCCUCUUCUGAAAGCUUCCAGUGGUGCAUCUCUUCCAUUUUAAGGAGAUCUGUUGUCGUCAUGUGUCAAGAGUGCUUCACUGGUAGAGGACUCCACCAGGAGCAUUGUCCAGAUGUUCUUCAUCACACAAAAGACAGGCUCUUAAUUCUCAUGUUAGUCUCUUUGUUUUACACACUCAUAUUUCACAAAGAUGGUAGCACAACCGGGGAUAAGAAAUCUUUGGGAUUGCCAUUACAAAUGUGAUAUUAAGAUCUAUUUUUAUUAGUGCCCUUUCCAUUUUUAAUUGGUAAAUGUCAACCAAAGACUGAUAGGCUUGAACUCUAGUGAAACAGAGUUGCACAUGCUUUCAUUUUAAUUUUAGGAGUUGUGAGUGGUGACGUUCUCCUUCUUAGGCUUUCUUUUGUAGUUACCUGCCAGAAAGUAUUGUACACUGCGGUGUAAAGGUGAAAAUGUGCUAACACUGCAUUGUGACCCAUAUCUAAGUACACAAGUUUAAGUUACUUUUAAGUCCAGGGUUAAUAUAUAUAUAUAUAUAUAUAUAUACACAUAUAUAUAUAUAUAUAUAUAU